GGUGAUUCAGCCGGCAGAUCAGGAUCAACUAAUCAGGAUAAAGUAAUAUUACCUCCGGGAUCCCGAACCUCAACUCCACAGACAGAAGCUUCAGCGUUGAUGUUUAUGGAAUCUUCUGCCAUGGAGGGUCGGUGGAAGGUGAAGUUUAGGAACGUGGCUCAGAUGUAUUUCCCUCAGACCAGAGUGGAAUGUCGUUAUACCAUCGGCAGUGGACACAGCUGGAGCAGCCGGGACUGGAUCGGCAUCUUCAAGGUUGGAUGGACGUCACUGAGAGACUAUCACACGUACGUUUGGGCUCUCGCUCCUGAAGACUACACAUCUGGCAGAGACGUGAACUGCAGCAUCGUCUUCCAACCGUCCUACCUCCCAGGUCCUGGUGGAACAGAGUACCAGUUUGUGUAUGUAGAUGAGAUGGGCGAGGUUUGUGCCAUGAGUCCUCAGUUUAGCUUCAGUGCUCCUAAACCUCUGGAUGAACUGGUGACUCUGGAGGAGCAAAACAACGGAGAGGAGAAUGAGGGAGAAGAUCUACUGCUGGUGGUGCCAAAAGCUCAGAUACUACAGCAUCACCUCGAGGCCUGCCAGAAGGAACUGACUGAGCUACACAGAACGUUAGAUGAAGCCCACACAGAGGUGGAGAAACAGCAGGAGAGGAACACUAUGGAGAGGACGGAGUUCGAAACCGAGAGAGCUGAUCUGAAGAAGGAGAUCAGAGAGCUGAGAGAGCGACUGACCUCCAGCAUGGAGAAGAUCGAGAACCUGCAGGAGAAAGAGAAGGACGUGCUGAAGUGUCAUGAGAACAUUUCGCUGGAGUUUAGCGGCGUGUUGGCGGAGAGAGCCGAAAAACUACAGAAGAUCAAAGAUCUCGAGGAGGAGCUGACCAACCUCAUGCAGCACAAACAGGAGGCUGAGGUUGAGCUGGACAGGAUGAGAGAGAGAGUGAAGAAGAUGACGGUCCAGAGGAAGGAGGAAGAGGAUGAGAGGAGGAAUCUACUGAUUGAGAGUAAACGCUGUCGGGAGGAACUGCAGGUUCUUCAGGAACGUCUGGAGAACAGCGAUCAGAGUUCAGAGGCGCUCAGGCGAGACCUCAGUGAACUGGGAUCUCUGCAGAGCCAAAACCACACCGAGCUUCACCAGAUCCGCCUGCAGGCAGCUCAGACCGCACUGCAGCUCUCACAGGCUAAUCUGAACCUCCGAGAGGGGCAGGCGGCCUGGGCUAAAGAGCGCGAGAACAUGAGGAAGAACGCUGAGCUGGAUAAGGAGCGCGUGCAGAAACUGAGUCAUGAACUUCAGAAGAAGGAAGAGUGGCUGGAGGAGGAGCGAGCCGAGCGAGAGAAGCUGGAACUGGAGCUCGGAAACGAGAAGGCUUCCAACCGGGAACUGAGGGCGAGUCUCAGAGCCAUGCAGAAGGAGCGAGAGCAGCACCAGCUGGAGAAGCAGGUACAUUUUCACCUGAUUAAUUACCGUGUGUUUACCGUAUCUGUGGGUCUGAGGGGACGUUAUUGGUUCACACAGGAGCUGCUGGAUCACAUCCGAGUCUUACAGCUGCGUAUGGAGAGAGAAACCGACGCCAAAUGGAAUAAAGACGCCACGUCAACCAGCAACAUGAGUUUGGUUAACAGUCACAGCUCAUCACGGCCGCUCCACGAUGAUCAUGAAGAAGCUCCUGAGAUCAAAGGCCUGAUCCAAACAGAGGUAGAGGAUAAAAACGAAGAGGAGCUUCUGAACACGGACUCAGAUCGUGUUCCGGUCCUGCUGGAUCCAAACUCUAACGAGAAGGAACGUUCACUGAUCCAGUCCGAGAUCUAGAAUCAAAUGCUGAGGUAAAUAUGAGGUAUUUUAUACAAUCUGGCGACAUAUUCCAGUACCGGCUGGGCACCCACUAGUGGGCAUGAUUGGCACUGCCUGCAGCAGACAGAAUCAGCCACAGUCUGCUGGGUGAGAAAAGAUGGAACUAAACAGUGGGCGGGGUCUUUGGUGUUGUGUAAGGACCCUGGUUAGUAGCUCGAGGCGCCUGUACAGAAGUGGAGGAACGUGGAGAUCAGCGCGUGACUCUACAUGAGCGAGACCGACCUCACGCACCGAUCCACCGAAGUAUGGGCGAAUAAGAAGGGGUCACGUGUUGGAGGGAGGGCGUGUCAGGAGAAUAUACCCUCCUCAGUACACCAUCGGGUCUUCAGCAGAGGAAGAGGAACUGGCUAUGACUAAACUGGGACAGAAGGGAGAGAAUGCAGAAAUGCUCCAGAGGUGCCUAAUAACGACCCCAGAGUCCUAAAUCUGAUAUUCUCACGCAUAAUAAAUGAUCUAAUUAUUGAUUAGACCCACAGCGCUCGCAUUUACAUUAAAAACCCUCCAAACUAAACAAAGAACUGAUUUAGAAAUUACAGCAGUAUUAAACCUUACAUGCAUGCAUGGAACACUUGUCUCUUACAAGAGUCUCAGGAGUAAAAGAGUAAAAUGAUUCUCGUUUUUAAGACGCACAGUUGAAAAAAUGUCUCAUUUAGCAUGUUUUGUGUUUUUCUUUACCGUGCAGUGAGCUGAUGGUUUCCCCCUGGUGGUGAAACUCGGGAAUAACAAGUACAUACAUGAUGCUGCUUCAUAUACAUCAUCAUCAUCAUCAUCAUGAUGUGCUCUUCACUGCUGUGUGUGUGUGUGUGUGUGUGUUUGUGUGUUUCUAAUCAUGUGACUUUUGAGUGUGAUCACAACGCCUCAGCAAUGACAUACAGGGUGCUAAAACGUAUAAAUCUCUUACGCUGGGUGAUUUUAUUAAUGAUUAAAUUUAAGCUUUAAUGUAUAAGUUUUUUGUAUAAUUUUGCUGUUAAUUAGCAUAAAAUUAAUAUAUUUAAUAUAGUUGUUGAAUAUAUAGUUUUUUUGAAUUUUAUUUUGUAUGCGUGUGUGAAAUUUUCAAUAACAUUCUAUUUUGCCAA